UUUGGGUCUCCUUCCUUCCACAGAACCCUCCCAAUUUCCUGAGGGCAUCCGCCCUAGCCGAGCAUGUCAAGCCAGUGGUAGUCAUUCCAGAAGAAGCCCCCGAAGACGAGGAGCCAGAAAACCUGAUUGAGAUCAGCUCAGCUCCAUCCGUAGAGCAGCCGAAUGUGUCGGAUAUAUUUGAGCAGACUUUCGGGCCACCCAACGGACUAAAAGAUGACAGAGAUCUGCAAAUCGAAAACCUGAAGAAAGAAAUUGAACUGCUUCAGACAGAGCUAGCGAAGAUUAAGCUGGAAGCUCAAAGGUACAUCACCCAGCUGAAGGCUCAGGUGAACAGCCUGGAGGCCGAGGUGGAAGACCAGAGGAUGGAGAAGCGGAAAGCCUUGGUGGACAACGAGCAGCUCCGAGAUGAGCUGGAGAAGCUGCAGAAAGCAAAAUUUGAAGGAGACAAAACCCGAGGACUCUACCUGGAAGCAGAAAAAAAAGCCAGCACCACCGAAAUCCGGUAUGCCAAGCUGAAGGAGAAGCACAACGAAUUAAUCAACACCCAUGCGGAACUUUUGAGAAAGAACGCAGACACCGCCAAGCAGCUGACCGUCACCCAACAGAGCCAAGAAGAGGUCGCCCGGGUCAAGGAAGAGCUGGCUUUCCAGAUGGAGCAAGCCAAGCGAGAGUCAGAAAUGAAGUUAGAAGACCAGAUGCUUCAGGUAGAACAGAUGAAGAGACAGCUGGAGUCCAAAGCGGGAGAACUGACUCAGCUUCAGCAGUCGCUCAGCCAUUCUAAGCAGGUUGGCUCGGACCUCAACAGCCAGCUGGAGGCCCUGCAAGCCGAAAAGGAGACCCUGAGGAAAUCGGUCAACGAGAAGGAAUGUGAGCUCAUCUCAACCAAGGGCCUCAUUCAAGAGAAGGAACUGCUGUUGAGCCAGGAAGCCGAGAAGAGGAUGAAGGAAGUGCAGGGACUCCAGGAAAAGUUGGUGGAAAAAAAAACUCACGAACAGAACCUGCAGCAGAAGCUCCUGGAUGACCAGUUCCGAAUCUUGCAAGGGACAAUCAAGGAAGCCGAGAGCAUCAUCCAGGAUGCUGUGAGCAAGUUGGACGACCCUUUGCAUAUCCGGUGCACCAGUUCCCCAGAUUAUCUUGUCAGCCGCGCCCAGGCAGCUCUGGAAUCGGUGAAUGCCCUGGAAAAGGGACAUAAACAUUAUCUAACCAACAUGGCAGAUGCCACUGGACUGGUUGCCGCGUUGGCGCAGUUUGCCCAUCUCACGGCAGAUGCCAUCGUGAACGGCAGUGCCACGUCUCAUCUUGCCCCAACGGAUCACGCUGACAAACUGACAGAAUCCUGCAGGGACUGUGGGUAUCAUAGCCUGGAUUACCUGAACAAGCUCAAAGACAAGCAGUCUCUCCGAGAAGCAGAUCCAGCAGACCUGAGGACAACUCUGCAGAGGCUAUUCCAGCUAGGACAGGAACUGAGACCCAAAAGUUUGGACAUCCGGGAAGAAGAACUGGGCGACUUGGUCGACAAAGAGAUGGCCACCACUUCUGCGGCAGUUGAGGAUGCCGUGAGAAGGAUAGAGGAAAUGAUGAAUCAAGCCAGAGUAGAAAGCUCUGGGGUGAAACUAGAAGUUAAUGAAAGGUAAGCUAGGGACAGGGAUGAAUUUGCACAACUAAAAAUUCAGCGUGUAGUUUUCCAAGCGGUUGCACGCUGAAUCUGUAGCCACCAGGAUUCUGUCUUAACAUCUCUGGUUAAGGUAGAUUUGGAGUCACCAGAGCCAGGGCAGUCCUUGAUGAAUCUUCUGGAGAAGAUGGGCUCAAAGCUAUUUCUUGCUAAAUGAAAAGCAGCCUAGCUUCUAUGCUUAGUACAUUCUCCAAAAUGUUUAUAAUAAGCUCAUAUUUCAAAUUCCCACGAACCCUACCCGGCUGUUGGGCAACCGAUCCAUUCGUCUGCUUACAGCACCAUUGUUUUGAGGUGAAAGCCUCACCCAUUCCCACAUCUAUCUGUUGCUUGAAUGGGAGGGUUCCUACAACAUUGUAAUUUUAAGAUGUGUAGAUUUCCAUUUUGGGAGUUAAAAGCCCACUUAUCCUAAAAACCUCUAAGGUUUAGAAGUACUGCUUUGGAUAAAACCCCAACGGACUGAAAAAUAUUUUCAUUUGA